GCUGUUGCCCCUUACAACAAGCUUACCUAUGCUGUUCGCCCUCUGGCUCCAAUUGUCUACAGCGCCUACCCUUAUGCUUAUGCAACAGCAGGUGGAGACAAGUACCCGGCCAACGUGAACCCAGCUGAGUGCGUCAACUACCCGUACUGCCACGACGGAAUUUAUGGGAACCAUGCAGUGGGCACGUUCAAAUCCGGCUACACAGGUGUCGUCCCUGUUGUGCACGCCAUUGCCAAGAACUACGGGGGCUAUGCAACCAAGUACCCGGCUGGGGUGAAUCCUGCUGUGUGUCCCAACUACCCCUUCUGCCAUUAGCAACCCCCACACAAAGAUGAAGGAACCUCACCAAGAAAAUAUAUCGUACUGCCAAAUCGGAAGAGUCAUCAUGUUUGAAAAUAAUAUUUUGAGCAUUGCAUCUCAUCGAUUAUACAAUCAGCAUUUAUGCAUCAGAUUACGAUUUUCGGUUUGACAACUUGGAUUUUUCUUCUGAAGAUGUGCUGCAAUCCAAGUGUUUUUUUUUUUUAAUUCGGCACAUAGUUUCAGAUUCUUUCUUCUUUUUUUAUCGCCAGGCAUUGCUUUUUUGAUGAAGAUGAUACAAAGGUGGCAUUAAACAUGAUGGGCUGUCAUGCUUUUCUUCAAAAAUA